CGCUGCUGCCGCGCUCUGUGUUCUGUGCCUGCGCUCAGCGUCGCGCGUUUGCCCGGUCGCCAUGGCCGGGCUCGUGGUCAGUGGAACUCAAGUGUCCUACAUAGGCCAGGACUGCAGAGAAAUUCCAGAGCACCUCGGCAGGGAUUGUGGACAUUUUGCAAAAAGGCUUGAUCUGAGUUUUAACCUUCUGAGGUCACUGGAAGGACUGAGCGCGUUCGGGAGCCUGGAGGAACUCAUCCUGGACAACAAUCUGCUCGGGAACGACCUCGUGUUGCCAGGGUUACCCAGGCUCCAUACCUUAACCCUCAACAAGAACCAGAUCACUGACUUGGAGAGUCUGCUUGAUCACCUGGCAAAAGUGACACCAGCUUUGGAGUACCUCAGCCUGCUGGGUAAUGUGGCAUGUCCCAAUGAGCUGAUUAGCUUGGAAAAAGAUGAAGAGGACUACAAAAGAUACAGAUGCUUUGUUCUGCACAAACUGCCCAAUUUGAAGUUUCUGGAUGCCCGGAAAGUAACCAGAAAAGAACGAGAGGAAGCUUUGGUCAGAGGGUCAUUCAUGAAGGUGGUGAAGCCCAAGGCUUCCAGUGACCAUGUCGAGGCCCCUCCAGAGCACCCCUAUACACCCCUGCCUUCUGCUUCCAGGGAUCUCACCAAUCACCGAGGUGUCCUGGGGAAGUGUCGCUAUGUUUACUAUGGGAAAAACUCAGAAGGCAACAGGUUUAUCCGAGAUGACCAGCUCUGAUGGACACCGAUCUGCCUUGAGUGCCCCUGCAAUAGAAGGCCAUCCCGGAGUCCUCUGUUGCCUCUGCAAAGUCAGGGCGGACUGUCUUUUUCCUAAGUAAUGCAAUUUUAUAGAACAAUUUGUUCCUUGGGGAAUAAUGUUUUAGAUUGUGGGGAAUCCUAUUAAAAGUACAACUAUUACAAUAAUUUGCUUUUACUUUUACCAGCCUUGCUCAUAAACCCUCCAUCUGUUUGUUGCUUUAAAUAGAGGCACAUUAUAAGAGAUUAUCACUCGAUCAGGCGACACGUCUGAGUGUU